AUGCUUGCUGCCUCACGGCCACUGGUGAACUCGCCAUGGGUCUGUGUUGGCUUUCCCCAUCUCGUACGAAAGGUAACUUUGCGCGCUAGCGCCAGGCGACGACACACAGUUGGACACAUUGAACUCUUGGGAAAACGCUAUGUUGGACAUGCAGACGCUAUUCUCUCCUUUUCAGAUCCCUGCUCUUCUACCAACGAGUGCAGCACACCAAGCAAACUUCAUGUCGGCGCGGAAAGCCAGGCUUCUGUCUUUGAAGAGGCAUCGGAAGAUUAUACCGCAGUGAUGGUCGAAUCCAAACCUCUCCCACUCUCCAUCCUUGAGCUGGUUAAAACGACCCUGCCGAGGGUCUUACCAGAACCUGUGGCUGACGAUCCGUCAGUUUUCGAAGAACGCGAUUCCGACUACAUCACUUACGCACCUGCGGAGCAGGCUGCAUACUCUUCCACGCACGCACUUGCUCAGCUUGUAACCGACCACAGGUACGAAGAGGCAUACUCCUUGUUUGGGGAACUCCGUGAUCUUGGUGUCAUUAUCCCCCCUUCUCGCGUUUACGAGCAAGCAGCUUUGGCGUCCCUACGCCUUCCUGAAGCAUCCGUCAGUCGUUUUGCUGAUUGGUUUUCACUUAUACCCCCUGCCCAUCUCGCUUUUUCCCCUCGUAAAUUUGAGGAAGCGCGUCGUGUUAUUCUACAAACACCCGUUACCAAUCUUUCUCUCGUCACCAGCAUGGCGUUGAUACUUGCUUCCAAGGGAUACGCAGACGUGAUUAGCAUACACGCCGUGCCCCUUAUCAUACGAUAUGCAUCUCCGGAGAUGAGCCACCAAUUUUUGGAUGACUUGAUGCAGGCACAUCGAUCGUACUGGAACGGUCACCGGCCACAAGACGCCCCAUAUAUGGUGAAGAAGACAUUCACCAAUGUCCGCGGAAUUGCUGUGCGCACCCUGGCAUUUUCAAGGCGACUGGAAGAGGCCGUUGCAUUGCUGCCAGAUUCUCGCAAUAGUACCUUCCGCCUUACCAGAUAUACAUAUGAUGUCCUUCUCCGUGGUCUUCGAACAACAAGGGAAUUCAAGGUUAAGCAACAUAUACCCCUUGUCAUGACUCUCCGUAAUCAAGAGUCUACAUCCAUUCCUGCUCCACACCACACCUCUGGGGACUUUCAGACUAUAAGAGAAGUAAGCAGUGGCGAUUUACUCGCCGAUCCAUUGGAAAAUGCUGGAAUGAUGCCGGACAUAACAUUCCCAACUCCCAUACAUGUCAGCGACAACCUCGCAGAGACUUUGAGGUAUCUCAAGAAUGGUCUAUCCUCUAAGACUGGCAUCCCCCACCCAUACACUAUUGUCAAUUUCUUCGCAGAAUAUCGGUUUACAGGCAGGUCCCGCGCCUUGGCGUUGCUCCUACGAAGAUCCGUUCGUUCCAGUUACGCCAGCACUUCUGCAUUCCUAUUGGCCGAAAUGCUAUACUACCGGAAACUCAAGCAACACAGCCUUGUUAUUCAGACCUUCGUGGACCAUUUUUAUCUCUCUGGUGUCCCAAGAGACGAUAUCCUCACAUGUUACAACCGGGUGAAGCAUCAACAAGCUGAAUUCAGUGACCCAGAUCAUGUAUCAACUGAGGAAGAAGAGGCGCCUCCUCAUCGGGUAUGCGAAUACGGAAAUCGUAUUGUCCUCCCUCGAGGAAAACUCUGGCCUUCCGCCCAACAUUGCAAUCUCAUCUGGCAUUCCCUUGUCGACAUCGCGCCGGAUGAUGCUACAGUUGAGCGCCUCUACCACAGACUUCUUCAAGUGGCAGCUGGUGACCACUCCGCUGAGCCUGAUGGUUUGCCAUUGGUUACGUCUGUCAAGGUCACGACAUCGUCCGGAGCGUUCACUCCAUUCAUAAAGCGACUGAUGUUUGCAUCAGGCGCCAGCAGAGGCGCUGAGAUCAUCAGUAAUAUGCUGAGUCUUGGCCUUCGGCCCAACGUAUAUCAUUUUACGGAGCUUGCAGGAACUUAUGCACGCUUGGGCGACCCAGAGCGUGCUUUUUUCGUUUUGGAUCAAAUGGAGAAUCAGUCUGGGAAACAGACCAAUGACGGGACGGCGGGCAGUGCGACGACGGAAGAACAGGACAACAUAUUUCCUCCCCCUGAUUUGAUCAUGUACAUUUCCCUCAUGCGCGGAUUCAUCAUCGCUCGGAAUCUAGAAGGUGCUCUAGAGGUUGACCGAAGAUUGCGCUUAGUUCAUGAGCACGUUCUUGGUCAGAAUGAGUAUCUUGACAUGGUUUACGCCGACCUGGAGCCGUUAAAGGAAGAAGUUGCUAGGACUUCACCAUAA